AUGGCUGUGGUGGGGGAUUUAUCUCUAAAGUUUAGUGGAAAAGAAACCAUAUGUGAUGUCAAGAAGGGGGCGUUUGGGUUUCCAAUUUCAAGUCCUAGAAUUAGUUUUAGUGCAGGGAAAUUGAAGAAUUGUAGGGUUAAAACUGGGGUGUAUGCAGUAAUGCAAGUGGGGGUGGAAAGCACUGAAAUUUCUAAGGAUUUGGAGAAAUCUAAAGAGGUUUUGGGAUUGGAUGUUGUGUCUGAAGAGGAACUGAAGGAGAAGGGUUUUUUGGGGUUGAGGAAGACGAAGCUUGUGUGCACGAUUGGUCCGGCGUGCUGUUCUUCGGAUAGUUUGGAGAAGUUGGCAUUGGGAGGGAUGAAUGUGGCUCGGCUUAAUAUGUGCCAUAACACAAGGGAGUGGCACCAAGAUGUCAUUAGGAAGAUUAAGAAUUUGAAUGAAGAAAAAGGGUUUUCUGUGUCUGUGAUGAUUGAUACUGAAGGCAGUCAGAUUCAGAUUGUUGAUCAUGGAGCUCCAUUCUCUGUCAAAGCAGAGGAUGGCUCAUUCUGGGAUUUUACUACUGAAAAAUUUGAGGGUACUCGUCCAUUUACAGUUCAAGCAAACUAUGAAGGUUUCUCUGAAGGUAUAAACGUGGGCGAUGAGCUUGUUAUUGAUGGAGGAAUGGCUACCUUUGAAGUUGUGGAAAAGAUUGGGAAUGAUUUGCGUUGCAAGUGCACAGACCCUGGUUUACUCCUUCCCCGUGCCAAACUGAGCUUCUGGAGAGAUGGAAGGCUUGUCGGGAGAAGUGAUGAGCUUCCAACUCUGUCAACCAAGGAUUGGUCCGAUAUUGAGUUUGCGAUUUCUGAAGGUGUUGAUUUUAUUGCCUUGUCGUUUGUCAAAGAUGCUGAUGUUGUCACACACCUUAAGAAAUACCUUUCCACCAAAUCCUCUGAAUCAAUAAAAGUUUUGGCAAAGAUAGAGAGUUUGGAAGCCCUCCAUAAAUUGGACAAAAUUAUUGAGGCUUCUGAUGGAAUUAUGAUAGCAAGAGGAGACCUUGGAGUCGAAAUCCCACUCGAACAGAUUCCAACAGUGCAGGAGGAAAUUACUUAUCGCUGCAGAAAGUUCAACAAGCCAGUUAUCAUAGCCUCUCAGCUUCUGGAAUCAAUGAUCGAAUAUCCUACUCCAACAAGAGCUGAGGUUGCUGAUGUUUCUGAAGCUGUCCGGCAAUAUGCUGAUGCACUGAUGCUCUCUGGAGAAUCGGCAAUAGGUCCAUAUGGCCAGAAGGCUCUAUCUGUUUUAAGGAUGACUAGCGGACGAAUGGAACUAUGGAGCCGUGAAGAGAACAGGGAAACCGUUUUAUUUGAGCAUAAACUCGGAUCAUCUGUUCCAGACCAAAUUGCUGAGCAAAUCUGUUACUGUGCUGCUGGAAUGGCAAACAACCUAGGACUGGAUGCCAUAUUUGUCUACACAAGACAUGGACAGAUGGCUUCUCUCAUCUCACGCAACCGUCCAAAUUCGCCGAUAUUUGCAUUCACAAAUGACAGCAGUACAAGAAUGGCACUCAAUUUGCAAUGGGGAGUUACUCCUAUUCUCAUUGAUUUAUCAGAUGACAUGGAAGCCAACAUCAACAGAUCAAUCAAUCUUAUUAAAGCAAAAGGUUUGAUUAAGGACGGAGAUGCAGUUUUAGUAGUUUCAGAUAUAAUCCCAACUUCCGCCGCACAGACAGUUUUCCAGUCAAUUCAGGUGAAAACUGUUGCUUGA